AUGUCUGAGGGUAUUAAAGACCCAGCCAUAAAGCUAUUUGGUAGAACAAUUUCUCUGCCACGCCACGACGAGGUUUCUGCUAAUGGUUCUUCUUCUGAACCUGCUCCUCCUCAAGAUUGUUCUCACCAUCACAGUCCUCCUUCAUCUUCAUCUUUUCCACGUGAAGUGAGCUCCACAACGGAUCAUGAACCUGAGAGGGAUAAGGAACCAUCGAGGAAAGAACUCACCUCAACACAAGUUGACGAAGCAUUACAUGAGGAACCAAAAUCUCCAACAUCUUCAUGCGAUCUCGAGAACCCCAAGACCCCAUCAACUGAAAUAGAAACUUCCUUACAGAAAUCGCCUAAAAAAGGAGACCAAAGUGACACAACAAGCGCAUCAGAGGACAAAGCUCCAAAGAAGCCAGACAAGAUACUUCCAUGUCCACGUUGCAACAGCAUGGACACCAAGUUCUGCUACUACAACAACUACAACGUGAACCAGCCACGUCACUUCUGCAAGCACUGCCAGAGAUACUGGACUGCAGGAGGAACCAUGAGGAAUGUGCCUGUUGGUGCAGGUCGCCGCAAGAACAAAAACUCUUCCACUGCUGUAUCACAUUAUCGCCAAAUCAUGGUUCCUGAGACCCUUCAGAACGGAUCAUUGCACAGUGCCGUAUUGACCUUUGGAUCAGAUCCCCCUCUCUGUGACUCCAUGGCUUCUGUGUUGAGCCUUGCUGAGAAAACGCAAAAUGGUGUCCUCAACGGGUUUCAUUCACCCAAGCAUAAUAUUAACACUCUUAAUAAUGAUACUGGGGAUGAUAAUAACUCAGUUGGUGCUUCUGUUAUGGCUUCAACUUUGUGUGAGAGGAGAGACAAUGCUACUAGCUAUCAUGAAGAAUCAGCGGAUAAGAUUUACCAUCAAGGUUUCACUCCUCAAUUGUGCCUCCCAGGUUCUUCUUCAUCUUCUUCUUCUCCUUGGCCUUAUCCAUGGAACCCUGCAAUGACUCCUGCUUUUUACCAACCUGUCUCUUUCUACCCCACACCAGCAUUCUGGGGUUGCAUGCCAUCACCCUCUUGGAGUGUAAAUUACCAGUCUGCCCCUAGUUCUGGUCCAAACUCACCAAGCUUGGGGAAACAUUCAAGAGAUGGGGAUAUCUUGUUGCAAAAGCCUGGCACAGAAAGCAGCAGCAACAUUGCAGAAAACAGCAACACUGUGUUGAUCCCCAAGACACUGAGAAUUGAUGACCCUACAGAAGCUGCAAAGAGCUCUAUAUGGUCAACACUAGGGAUCAAGAAUGAGAAGGGGAACUCUCUCAAUGGAGGAGGCCUUUUCAAGGCAUUUGCAUCAAAGGGAGGUAGUGAUGACAAGAAGAACCAUGUGGUGGUUGAAGCAUCCCCAGUGCUGCAAGCCAACCCUGCAGCUUUGUCAAGGUCUCUUGUGUUCCAUGAGAGGACAUAG